AUGUCGUCAAAAGAUUCGCCGCCACCGCUGGCAUCAUCAUCAUCACCUCCGCCGAGGUUGUGCGAGGUAUCAUUUGCGUCGAUUAAACCGUGUGCGCAUUUGAAACAGGUGUUCAACUCCAAUGCAAAGGAUACCGUGUUGAGGAACUAUGGGCUGGCGGUAAAGGUGUCAAAUUUCAACAACAUUAGCUCCUUUAGGAUGCCUCGGUUGAAGAACAAGGGCUCCGAGAAGGGUAAGCUGGACGGUGCGAGGAUCAUGAAAUUAAGGUCAAAGGCUUUGAAAUGCAAAGAGUGCUCUGAAUGUAUAGGCGGGACCUUUAUGUGCGUUCAAUGCCCUCAUGUUGGAUGCCGGAAGCGCAAGCAUUUUGUCCACCAUUCGAAACAACAUGGCCAUAUCUUUGGAAUCGAUGGAGAGUUGGGAUACUUGUUUUGUUUUAGCUGUGGUGAUUACACCACCCACCCGGAACUGGAAAGCAUGAGGCUCAAGAUGUCAUUGAAAUCACCUGUAUCGGAGGAGACGAUAGAUAGCAACCUUGUUGCAAAGUAUUCGAGAUCCGUCAAUUACAAAUCUACCACUGGACUUCGAGGCUUUGUUAACAUGGGCUCGACUUGUUUUAUGAGUAGUGUAUUACAAACGUUUAUUCAUAACCCGAUCAUCAGAGAUUACUUUAUGACGGAUGGCCAUUUGGAGUGUCCGAAGAAUAAAGACGAAUGCAUCACAUGUGCAUUGGAUGAGAUCUUCACAGAGUUUUACACCUCGAACAAGACCUGUGGAUUCGGACCAGUAUCUCUGUUGAACGCUGCCUGGAGGGCAAAUAAAUCACUCGCUGGGUACUCUGAACAGGACGCACACGAGUUUUGGCAGUUUAUGGUUGAACAGCUACACCAAGCACUCUCCAUCCAGGACACUUCAAACGGUAAAAACCACCAUUACCACCACUCAAACUGCUCGUGUAUCUUGCACAAGACAUUUUCAAGCGAUUUGCUAAGUACUAUUACCUGCGACGACUGUGGUAACGUGACGAGCACUGUGGACCCUUGCAUCGACAUUUCAUUGGGGAUAACGAACAGCGACGAUUUGAUGACCUGUUUCCGUAAUUUCACGAAAAAGGAGAAACUCGAUAUAAAGUACAGCUGUGCAAAGUGUCACACACGGACGAAUGCUACAAAGCGAUUAUCAAUCAUGAAGUUCCCCAACACACUUGCAAUCCAGCUGAAACGAUUCGAGCACAACGCACAGAGCGUGAAGCUGGAGAAGUUCAUCUCAUUCCCCAUGUUUAUGAACAUGUCCGAGUUCUCAUCAUCAUACUCCACAACAAACAGAUUUGAUCCUGAGCUGACGUACGAGCUGUUUGCCGUGGUGUGCCACAUCGGUUCCGUGAACACCGGCCACUACAUCGUUGUCGUCAAGAACAACCAGGGCCAAUGGUUCAGGUUUGAUGACAGCGUCGUUACAUUGUUAACCGUUGACCAGGUCUCCCAGCUCAAGGCAUAUUUAUUGUUCUACAUUGUUCACAAGAUGGAUUAA